AUGGACGCCUUUGACGACAACGACGAGUUUGUGCGCGCGUCGUCUACAUUCCCUGCGCUCGAGGACGACUUGGAUGGAUUCGGAGGAAUGACGACCGCUGCUCCCGCUCCCAUCCAAAAUAUCCCCAGCGAACCGCUCGAUUUUGACUUUGACCCGCUGCCAGCAUCCAACGCACCGCCACCCGUUCAACAACCUCCGUCUGUACCUACGUUUGGAGCAACGCGUUCAUUUGCAGGGACGCCUGUCCAACCACCUGCCUAUGCGCAACCGUCUAUUACCCCAGCAUUUGAGGAGGAGCCACAAGUAAUCAAGGACUGGCGUGAAAAGCAACAGGCCGAGAUUGCGAAGCGGGACGAGAGGAGCGCCCGUCGACGCGAAGAUAUCAAAAAGCAGGCCAACGAGUCGAUUGAUGAAUUCUAUAUUGAGCAUAAAGCAAAAGUCGAGCGCAAUAUCAAGGACAACAAGUUGCGUGAGGAAGAAUUCAGGGCCAAACUGACAGAGUCUCUCUCUGCGGGGACAACGUGGAGCCGCAUAUGUGAAAUUAUCGAGCUCGAAAAUUCUCAGUCAAAGACGAUUGCACGCACGGGCGCUGGAACGACGGAUCUGACGCGUUACAAGGAAGUCUUACUACGUCUCAAACGCGAAGGAACUUCUGCACCGGGCGCUGCUGGAUACUAG